UCAGUUCCCUAAAGCGGAAGUGAAGGCCGGGACCGUGGACUGGAGACGGUUGGGGUGCGAGAAGGGGAGUUUUUGUUCAAGCUAAAUUUUGCGAAAGCGAUAAAGCUCCCUGCCAGUGAUCCCUCCAUCUUCUGCUCUACUCCUGAACCUGUCCCUGAUACUCUCUGCCCAUCUUGCCGUGCUGACCCAGUGCUGACCCAGUGCUGCCAGGCCCGUGACCCACCCCAGUACAGCUCACACACCAGCCAACCCUCUCCUCUCGUGGUUGUCCUGUUGGCAUGGCCGGGCGAGGAGGACCGGCGCGGACAAAUGGCACUGCCGCCGCCGGCAGCAAAAUCUGCCAGUUCAAACUGGUGCUACUGGGCGAGUCGGCCGUGGGCAAGUCCAGUCUGGUACUGCGCUUCGUCAAGGGCCAGUUCCACGAGUACCAGGAGAGCACCAUCGGAGCUGCUUUCCUCACACAGACAGUCUGUUUGGAUGAUACCACGGUAAAGUUUGAGAUUUGGGACACAGCCGGUCAGGAGCGCUACCACAGUCUGGCUCCCAUGUACUACAGAGGAGCCCAGGCUGCCAUAGUGGUGUACGACAUCACCAACACAGACACUUUCACUCGAGCAAAGAACUGGGUGAAGGAGCUGCAGAGACAGGCCAGCCCCAACAUCGUCAUCGCCCUGGCGGGGAACAAGGCCGACCUGGCUAGCAAAAGAGCCGUCGACCUCCAGGAGGCCCAGGCAUACGUGGAUGACAACAGUCUCCUGUUCAUGGAGACGUCUGCCAAGACGGCCAUGAACGUCAAUGAGAUCUUCAUGGCCAUCGCCAAGAAGCUUCCCAAGAAUGACACCCAGGGUGUGACAGCACCUGGUGGGCGGGCCAGGGGUGGAGUCGACCUUCAGGAGCCGGCACCUCAGGGUAGAUCCGGCCAGUGCUGUGGAGGCGGGAACUAAUCCUUCAACCAAUCAGCUGGCAAACAUGGCCGAGAAUCAACAGGCACAUUACCAACACAGUACCAAUUCAUCGUCUGACAAUUAUGUCUGUUCACAGCCCAACUGGAAGGUCUGAUCUGUUAGACUGUGAUGUAUUCUGCAGCCCACCUGAUUCUAGUUUUGAGCUGACCAAAGGGCCCAUGGGUAUUCCUAGGGUUUAGGUUUUAGGGGUUAGGAUUAAGGGUUGGGGUAUUCCUAGCCACUUGUAAAUAUUUUGACCAAUUGUCCCUUUAGCUGAUAGUCAAACUGCAGCUCCUCCAAAAUAGCUCUUUAAGAAUCACUUUCAGUUCACUCACCAUAAACAAAAAACAAAAGCCAAUAAUUAGGGAAGAAGGGAGGAUGGUGGGUGGUGUAUCUCGUAAAAGGAGCUGUAAGCACCCGUUCUCUUCUAGUCUGUGUUCAUAACAAGAUCAACACUGCUGCUAGACACAUUCCUUCCACUGUGUUUCCUCGCACUCACUCUCUCUCGCCAACCUCCGGUCUCCCUCUGCACGGAAGUCUCUGCCCAUCAGGAGUGUUGACUCUUUCUUCAUCUCUUUCCUGCUGUUCUGAUUUCUUGCUUGUCCCUUUCUUUUUGCGUCACUGUUUGAUAAGGGGAAGAAGAGAAUAGAAAAAGAGAGGAAGAGACUAGAAAGAUGAGGAGGGAUGAGAGACUUCUAUUUUCCCUUCAUAAGCAGCAGUUGUCUAGACUGUGUCUUGUUCUUGGUUAUUAUUAUUGUAAUUAUUAUGACGACUACCACUACUCCUGAACUAAUGAAUAAUGGUCAUGAUUUGAUAUGCUAGCCCCCCUCUCGUCUGCGCGUGAGACACAGUAACAGACAUAGUAACACCUGUGUCUCUUGGCAUUAAUUUAAUGAGGAUGGCUUGUUUGUUGUUGUUUUUUUUGUUGUUGUUUGUUUGUUUUUUCUUUUGAACUAUUCAUAUGACAAACCUUGCAUUAAAAAACACAUGGAUAAUGCAACAUGAGAUUUUCCUCUGACCAAAAUCACAGUUUAUGUAUGAAAAUAACUGUUGCUAUGUUUGUACUCUGGGGGUCCCAUUUUUCUGUGAAAGUAUACCGAAUCAUUAACCCUUAACUAAUACAGUACCUUACCAAAACAUGAGUAAUUCUGCUUUUGUCUGUAUGAUGUUUGGUUUGUAAUGAAGCUUGUUGAGUGCACUGGUUUUCUCAUCCUGUCGUUUUUGUUUUGUUUUUUUUUCUCCCUCUCCAAGAUUGGUUCAGUUUUUCUGUUUUCCAUUUUUUAAACACGUAUUUUCUCUGUCUCUUGUGAAUUAGUACAACAAGUCAUAACGGCUUUCCAUCCCCACCUUCGCAGGGUUUGGACAAACGUGCUGUGGUCUACAGUGGGUGGACACACAGAAGAAAAUGGUCAAAAACUCUUGUACUUCUGAUUUUACCAAUAAACAAGGGAGGAUACUUUU